AUGUCAUCAUUACCAACAUCCAUUGUUGCCUCUUCUCAUCAUGGAAUAAUUACUAAUAGUAAUCAUUUGCAAGGCAAAAAAGCAACCACAAAUUUAUCUUGUUUAACUACAAGUCUAUUGUUGGAUAGAACCCACAAUCAUCACCAACAUGAAGAACAACAAAUAAUAAUCGGAAGUAGUAGUACAGACAAUGGUAGUGAUGAUAGGAUAUUAGAGAGUAAUUGUAGUAAUAAUUAUAUAGUAGGAAAAGAAGAGGAUGAAAUUAAAGUGGAAACAUCAACUUUAGAUAAUCAUUGUUCUACAACAAAGGGAGAAAAAACACCAGUAUCUCCUGCUAAUGAAACAGAAGAACAGAAUGUUGACAAUACUCUCGAAUCACUUUGUAUUGAAUACUUGAUGAAGAAUAUCGAAAACUUUUCAAAGCCUCCUUCGAGUGUGGUCGAUAAUAAUUAUUAUGAAUUUCUUGAAAAGGUUGAAGCUAAACUUGGCAAUCAACAAGCACCACCACAAACUAAUGGUUCUUCUGCAGCUUCCUAUAAGCAUUUAUUAAAACAAAGAGCAAGAAGUUCUUCAAUUGGAAAAGUUGGUGGUGGAGGUGGAAAUAUUACAAAUUAUUUGCCAGCAACAUUUGUGAUGAGUCAACAAGCAUCGGAAGAGGUUUAUCCAUUUCCACAAGCUGUUUCUCAAUUAAUUGUGAAUGGAUUGUGUACCUCUAAACAAAUUAGUCUUCCACUUUUAAUCAAGUUGAGAUAUUCUGGGUUAUCGAAUUUGAAUUUAUCUUUGAAUGGACGUGUUCAUGAUGAUUGGAUGAUGUUAUUGAGAGAAAUACCUUUGGAAACUUUAAAUUUAUCACAUUGUUUAAUCACUAAUCAAAGUUUAUAUUAUGUGAAAGGAAAGAAACAUAUUAUACCAUGCCCAGAAAAUGAGACGAAUAAUGAAAGGGGUUCUCCUACACUUCCUGAAGAGUCUGAAUCUGAAUCUGAAAGUGAUUCUGAAGAAACACAAAAGAAGAGUGUUACUUUUUCUUUUGAUUCAAAUCCAAACAGAAAACCUCCUAAAAAGAAAAAGAAAAAGAUAGUAGGGACUAGUUCUGUCUCCACGCCUCACAAGAGAGUACCUUCUGCUGAUAGUAAUGGUUCAGAUAAGGAUAACGAUAAGAAAAAGAAGAGUGGACCAAAGAGUACAACUUCUAGUGGUUCUGGUGGAAGUGGCUCAUCUUCUAAAAAGAGAAAAGAUGGUUCCAUUCAAGUCACCACACCUUAUACUCUUUCCCGAACACUCAAGUCAUUGAAUAUGUCAAAUAUUCAUGAAAUUACGCAUGAUUCAUUCAAGUUGAUUCCUCAACUAUUCCCAAAUCUUACAGCUUUGUCAUUUGAGGGAUGUAGUAACUUUACUAACAAAUGCUUGGAACAUAUUUGCGGAAAAGUUCACAAAUCUGAGGGAACCGUUCAAGAAAGUUCCAGUGUCAAACAAUUGAGAAGAAACCUUAAAAAACUCAAUUUGAAAAAGACGAAAAUAUCUGAUGCUGGUGUCAGAAAUUUACAAAGUCUAAUCAACUUGGAAUAUUUAAAUUUAUCCGAGAAUAAGCAAUUGACGAACCAUUGCCUAAAAUUCUUGAAAGAUUUAAAGUUUCUUUCAUUCAUAGCCAUUGAUGGCAAUGAAAGAAUGACAGAGGAUGGGUUGAGCUAUUAUCUCGGAGAUGGAAUAACCGGAAUUUCAAUUUCUGGAACAUAUAUGGGUGAUAACCCAGAACAUUUUGCAAAUUUUCCAAAGCUUAACUAUUGGAAUGCUUCAAAUACCAAUAUUCACUCUCUGCAGAACAAUGUUAAAAAUUCAUUUGCCUUCAAUAAUCUCAGUGUGCUUAAUCUAUCUCACUGCAAGCUACUGGAUGAUAAUUCUAUGAAGAAAUUUUUUGAAAGUUUGAAUUGCCUAUGCGAGGUGAAUAUUUCGAGCACUUUCCUUGAUGAUGAAGCUGUUAGUGGUCUAUUGUCUUCAAAGAGUACUCUUAAAAUUUUACAUAUCAACAACUGUGUACAUAUAACUGAUCUUACCUUCGAGCAUAUUCUUCCAUCCUUCAAUAUCAUUACCGAGCUAGGUUUAAGGCAGAUGAAGCACAUCACUUAUGCCAAUGGAUGGUGUCAUUUAUUCUCUGCUGACUUGCCAAAGGUAGAAAAACUAUAUUUGACUGCUAGUUUUAUUAACCAAAGGUCUGAUCAAGUGGAGCAAGAAGGAUUUAAGGAAGCAUUUGCAAAUAUUUGCAAAAAUUUGAAAAUAUUGGAUUUAAGUUGUAAUUUGAAAGGAAUAGAUGAUGAAAAUAUUUCAGAGGCUAUCUCUGCAAUGACCAAUUUGGAGUGGAUAGAUUUUUCGCAUUGUGAUAGAAUUUCCUCAAAAACUGUUGAAAAUAUUGCCAAACACUGUUUUAGACACUUGACUCACUUUGCUAUUAGUUAUUGCAAGAAGGUAGAUGGAGCAAGUAUUCCACUAUUAAGGUCCUGCAAAAGCCUUGAAGUAUUGUACCUAUCAGGUAUCAAUAUUCUUCCACAACAGUUUGCCAAACUUGCUACUUUGGAGAAUAUUUCUGACUUGAGUGUGAUGGAUUGUAAAAAGUUGGAGCAAAGGGAUGGUUGUACCGAAUUCUUGUACAUACUAAGCAACCAAUGUAAAUUCAAAAACAAAUUACUCAUGCUAAAUUUGUAUGGCCUUUACAUUUAUGAAGAUUCUUUGGGAUUUUUAGUUAGUUUGGAUAAUUUAGUCACACUAAGAUUGUCAACUCAUGAAGAGCUUGAGGACCUGGGAGCUUUGUACGAUCUACACAAUCUGGUCUAUUUGAAAACCAAUGUUCUACAAUCCAAAUCUCUUCAACAAGAUUACAAAGCCUCCAAAGGAUUCAACAGAGAAGUUUUCUCAAUUUAAUUAUUGAGAAGUUUCUACAUUAAUUAAAAAUGUUUAUUCGGUACAGCUAAU